AUGGUGGAUCAUGGUUUCAAUGGAAAGAGCCUCAGCCCAAUAAAUGCACUUCAUAUUUAUGGGACCAGACACAGUGAAAAGGAACGAAGCCCAAGCUUACCUGGUCUUAAUUCUACCCGGGUUUGCCCCCAACAGCAGUCCAAGGUACUUGAUAGGGAUUCACCCCCAACCCCCAACGGGAGGUUGGGGGUGAAGAGGAUGCUUCAACAAAACUUGGCACUCUUGGCCAAGUGGUGGUGGAGAUACGGCAAUAAUAAAGAAUCAAUUUGGGCGAAAGUUAUCAGAGAGAAGUAUGGUUUGAAUGCAAAUUGUUGGCUCCCAUAUACCCAUGGUUCAGGCUCAACGUCGAAAAUAUGGGCGGAUAUUUGUUCACUUGAGGAUCCAUCUUCACACCUGGGCUAUUCAAUGCGAAAGAGUUUUAGAAUCAAAGUUAACUCAGGAAAUUCGACCUUAUUUUGGGAACACACCUGGCUUGGUGAAACAUUGUUGAAAGAAGAGUUCUCGAGAGUCUUCCUGUUAUCAGAUCAAAAAGAGGAAAUGCUAUCACAUUCCAACAAUGCUCUGCUGGGUUCUCUAUGGAAAAAGCUGUGCUCGCCAAAAGUGGAAGUCUUUGCGUGGAUGGCUGUCAAGGAGAAGGCGGCAACUAGAUCACUUCUCUUGAGCAGGAACAUUAUUAGUGAGCCUCAAUCUACUUUGUGCCCUUUUUGCUCAAUGCACCUGGAAACCCAUCAGCAUUUGUUCAUCGAAUGCCACUUUUCUUGGACUGUGUGGUCUACCAUCUUGGACUGGUGGAAGGUCAAGUGGGCAUGCCCGGCAUCUGUUCCGAUCUUAGCAAGUUGGUGGCUUGAUAAUGGAUACCUCAAUCUAGAGAAACACAUUUGGGAAUCUUGCUUCUAUGCUACACUAUGGUCUAUUUGGUUGGUAAGAAACGACUACAUUUUCAAUAACUCUACUACUCAACCGUGGGAGGUGGGGGAUGUGGUCAAAACUAGGGUCGCAAUGUGGAUGAAGGCGAAAUUCAACAUCAAAAUCUAUACUGUGGAGGAUUUCAAGAAAAGUUCAGCUCUUCUGGAUUUCGUCAUGCGUGGUGCUUAUUAUUGCAUUAAUAGUUUCCUCUUCAAGUUUGUGGAUUCUUCCUUAUUGGUACAUGCUUCCACUGAUUUGGAAAAGAGGGCGCUUUAUACAUAA